CUCCUCUGUGCGCCCACACCCAACCUGCACCGUCCUCCGUACAGAGGCAGCGCAGCGCUGCAGUGUGUGCAGGACAUUGUCUUCUCAGUGCGGCUGUGUCGGGACAUCUCUGCGGCCUCAGCAGCCAGGGCCAGCCCGGAUCUCUGCAGCACUCCCGGGCGAACACUUGCCUGCAUUCAUUCUGCUGCCUGGCACCGAGGCACCAUCCAUGUACUGUCAGUGUGGAUAGUGGCUUAUUUACUGUGCAUCAUCUGACGGGAGGACACAUCUGACUGGCACCAUGAGCAGCACUGUGUUUCAGCAGCAGGCUGUCCACAGCCCUCUGGAGCAGCAGAAGCAGAAGCAAAAGCAGGGAGGAGGGGGACCUAUCGCCUGUCAGAACUGCGGGAAGCCCUGCAAAGGAGAGGCGCUCCGGGUCCAGAACAAACACUUCCACAUCAAGUGCUUCGCCUGUAAAGUUUGUGGUUGUGAACUGGCCCAGGGAGGCUUCUUCGUGCGGCAGGGCGAGUACAUCUGUACUCUGGACUACCAGCGGCUGUACGGGACUCGCUGCUUCAGCUGCCAGGACUUCAUCGAGGGGGAGGUGGUAUCCGCCCUGGGCAAGACCUACCACCCCCGCUGCUUCGUCUGUGCCUCCUGCAAACAGCCGUUCCCAGCCGGCGACCGAGUGACAUUUAACGGGAAGGAGUGUAUCUGCCAAAACUGUACCCAGCCUCUCCCUGCCAACAGCCCUGCACCCAUACAGGCUGUCCACAACUGCUGCGGCUGUGGGAAAGAGUUUAAAAAUGAACAGUCUCUUGUAGCGCUGGACAAGCACUGGCACCUGGGCUGCUUCAAGUGUAAAGUCUGCAACAAGGUGCUCAAUGCCGAGUACAUCAGCAAGGAUGGAAUCCCCUUCUGCGAGAUGGACUACCACGCCAUGUUUGGCAUCCAGUGUGAGAGCUGCAAGAAGUACAUCACCGGAAAAGUCCUGGAGGCUGGAGAGAAGCACUACCACCCCACAUGUGCCCGCUGUGCCCGCUGUGAGCAGAUGUUUGCCGAGGGAGAAGAAAUGUACCUGCAAGGAUCUUCUAUCUGGCAUCCUCCAUGCAGACAAGCAGCCAAGCAGGAGGAGAAGAGCAAGAAGCAGGUCCGGAUACAGCUCAAUGACGUCCCUGAGCAACAGUUGACCCGGACUUCAUCGGAGAGCAUCACUUCGGUCCCAGCAUCCAGCGCCUCGGGCUCUCCCAGCAGAGUCAUCUAUGCCAAACUAGGAGAGGAGACGCUGGACUACAAGGACCUGGCAGCCCUUCCGAAGACCAAGGCCAUCUAUAACAUAGACAGGCCUGACAUGCUGUCCUACUCUCCGUACGUCAGCUACCCGUCUGAGGAGAGGCACUACGGAGAGUCCCCCCAGCUGCUUUCUCCUACUCCUACUGAGGGCGACGGGCAGAAGUCACCCCGUCAGCGGAGACCCUCCAGCCCCAGCUCCAACAGCUCCCUGGGGGGUUACGGACGUUACACCCCGUCCCGUUCCCCCCAGAAUUACAGCCGACCAGGGCCAGAGGUAUACCUUGGCGGUAGACACAGCAGCCAAGGCCGUGACUCCAGUUCUCUCCUUUUGCCUCCAACCCUCAUGGGUGCCAUUAAGUACCCCUCCACCUGGGCCAGGGACUCAUCUUCCCUCCCUGUGUACGAUUCUGGUGGGGCUGAAGGGUGCGGUGGUGGUGUUAGUGGCAAGUACUCACCCUCACCAGCAGGUGGCAGUGCAGGCUUGUCUUUUCACCUAAACCCCACCACCCUUGCCAUGCUGCAGCAGCAUAACUACGUCCCUUACUUCAGAGGUAGUGAAAGUGGUCGGAGUACCCCCAGCUUAUCCACCUAUUCUGACGGCAAAUCCCCCUCCUCUACUUCUACAUACAUGGCUGCUCCUCGGCAUUUCCACAUACCAGAGACUAUGGUCAAAGAUAAUAUCUAUAGAAAACCCCCCAUCUACAAACAGCAUGCUUCUAGAACAUCCUGGCAGGAUGGGGAGGAUAGUAAGAGGACCAGUUGGAUGAUGUUAAAGAGUGAAAUAGAUGGACAGAUGGGUCCAGAAGACCUGGAUCCCCGCAAGUCUACCUGCAGUCUGCCCACUGACACCUCCCAGCCUAAUUUCCCCUACAGUAAAUCUGCAUCCUUACCUGGAUACGGACGGAACGGCAUCCACAAGGCUGCUGAGAUGGUGGAGGAUGAAGUGGACCCGGACUCCCAGAGCUGGGGAGGCAUGAGAGAAUACAAGAUCUACCCGUAUGAAAUUCUGGCAGUGACGCAUAGAGUGAAAGUGAAGCUUCCCAGAGAUGUAGAUCGCACCAGACUGGAGAGACACCUUUCUCCUGAGGACUUCCAGCGGGUUUUCGGCAUGACCCUGGAGCAGUUUGACCGCCUGGCCCUAUGGAAGAAGAACGACAUGAAGAAGAAGGCGCGCCUUUUUUAGACAGAAAAAAAAUCAACAUCUCAACAAGCAACCGCCCUGUCUGGGAGGAAACGGAAAAGAAAACCAUCCCCUGUGAAAUAUCUAUAUAUGCAUCGCCAUGAUACCCUUACUUUCCACCUGUAAAACGGCAUCUGCCACGGAGAGGCGCUCCCUGCCGGAACAUUUUCACCAUGUUGAGGCAGCAUCUAUAGCUUUUUGUAUGCGAUGUGGUGCGUAUGUUUGACUGACAACUUUACAGAAGAGGACGAGGAGCUGCGUUUGCAUGGCCUGUGUUGAUGCUCCUCGCUUCCCAUGUGGUUUCUGCAACCCCCCCCCGCCAAUCUUGAUGCUUUCAUACACCCUGGCAAAAAUAACAGCCUUUUCUAAAUCUCGUGCAGGCCUUCCCCCAGGUUUCUCUGCUUCUGACUGUUUUAUGUGCGCCCUCUUCUACUCUGUCUAUCUUGACUUAUCUCCCUGUUUCUAUCUCAAGUUUUUCAUCAGCAGCUAGUUUGUUUUCACUUUGCAAGAGUUUUUCUCGACAUAUCAUCUGUUCGCUGCUCUGCCUUUUCUCUCCCGCUGUUCUUCCAUCAUUUUAAGUUUCUCUCUCUGCACUGACUGACUGUUACAGUGACAAGCCAGUUCAUUUUUUACUCCCUUGCCAUAGCUUCAGGGCAGUGAAGAGACUGCAGACUUGUAUACAUUUAAUGUUCAAGCAUGUCAAGGCCAAAGACAGGAAUAAGAGACAAUUUCAGCUCCUCUGAUCUUAAACUUAAAAAGCACCUUAUCAUACGCUUUUGUUUUCAGGUUUGCUUCAUGUUAUUUUCAAUCGGAGAAGUUGGGAAACACUGGUGGGUAGUUUUGAUAUGCGUGCCCUGAUGUGUUUGAAUGCGGUCCCAUAUCUUACACAAUCUUCUCAUAAAUCAGCACAGAUAGGAGAGCCAGGGCUGGACAUGGGCCACAGCGUGGCAGUGAAUCACAGACAGAGGGGGGGAUAAAAAAGGAGUGGCCCUGCAGAAAACACACAGUACAGAUGGUGUCAGGGUGUGUAAAGGUGUCAAACAAGCAGCAUUGCCAUAAAGCCAUGCAUUCACAUCAAGAAAACAAAAUAAAUUAUUUUUAUAAGCUAUUUUUGACUUCUGGAAAGGAUCGUUAAACCAAUCAUGAGACGCAGCUGAGAGAAGUCUUGAUUUUGUUAACAGACAAAAAAAGCCCAUGGUUACUUUGUUGAGCUUCAUAGACCUGCAGCAGCACUAAAGUAUAACAAAUGGGGUCUUGCUUGAUUUAAAACUCAGUACUAUAACUGUGUUAUAUCUUCUCAGAUAGAGAUUUAACUCUUUAUAUGUUUGUUGUUUGAAAGCAUUGUUGUGUAAAGUAAAAGUCCAUCAGCUUUGCUUGAUGGUUUCUGGACCGUAUACCGAUCGAUGCGCCAUCUAGCAUACUGCAAGAUGUAUGUGAACAUAUACUGGACAUAUACCAGAUAUAUCUGUCUGUAUACAAGCCAUGGUGUAUAACUCUUCAGGCAUGCAUGAUGGGAAAAUUGGGUGUGUCCCCUGACCUCAGAGGAGAAAUAUAUGAAAACAUUAUCAUCAAUGUGGUUUGAGUGGUUGAUUAUUCUCUGGUUAAACUGCGUCAGAUGAAAUGCCCAGGUCAGCUGCUUCCCUUAGCGUGUGUUAGGUAUUUAUUUAAUUACAAUAUUAAGGAAGGGAUUUUACUUUGAAAUCUUAAGGGCCUAAUGUCAAAUGAAUUGCAUCACCAAGAAGAGAGUUUUUGAAGAGAAACAUAUCAACUUAUGAGUUUAACCUGAGUGUCAAAUAAAUUUUGCUCCUGUAAGUAAUACACUAACUAUUGUCAUAAAGCGUCAUGUCCUCUUUCUAGUAUUCAUCUGCUAUUAAAGUGCUUUAUCCAAAAUCUG